UCUCAACCCUUUUCGGAAAAAUUUUCAAAUAAAGCUUCAAUUCUCUGCCUCUAACAACUCAUAUAACUUCAACUCGGAUCACUCCCCAGCCCUCGUAGCUUUUCAAAUUCGUCCCUCAAAAUUCUUCUUCUUAAUAAAGGUUUUGAAUGUGCAGUGAUUCAAAGAGUAAACGCAGCCCUUCUGAUUUGGAGAUGGAGGCUGGAUUUCAUGUGGGGAAACACGGGAAUUGCUCAAAGCUGCUCGAAUUGGCAGCCACGGAUGAUUUGGCCGGCUUCGUACACGAAGUCGAGCAGAGGGGCUGUGAUGUUGAUGAAGUGAGUUGUUGGUAUGGGAGAAGCUUUGGGUGGAAGAAGAUGGGGUAUGAGGAGAGAACUCCUAUGAUGAUUGCUGCUUUGUAUGGGAGCACGGAGGUCUUAGGGUAUGUAAUCGCAACUGGUCGAGUCGAUGUCAAUAGGGCGUGUGGCUUUGAUGGUGCCACGGCCCUUCACUGUGCUGCAGCUGGUGGCUCGUGGUCCUCCGUUGAGGUUGUUGAGUUGUUGAUGGCUGCCUCUGCGGACAGCAGCGUUGUGGACGUCUCUGGGAGGAAGCCCGGUGACCUCAUUGCCCCGUGUGUGAGAUCCUCUGCAGAUCCAAGGAGGAAGCAGCUGGAGAUGUUGUUGAACGGGGUGAGCAGCAAGGGGGAGGAAGACGGGAGCAAGACGCCGUUGGCUGCGAGUGAGAGGAAAGAGUAUCCGAUUGAUAUAUCGUUACCGGAUAUAAACAAUGGUGUUUAUGGCAGUGAUGAGUUUAGGAUGUAUACCUUUAAGGUGAAGCCCUGCUCGAGGGCUUACUCGCACGACUGGACAGAGUGUCCAUUUGUCCACCCCGGUGAGAACGCGAGGAGGCGUGAUCCGAGGAAGUAUCACUACACUUGCGUCCCUUGCCCCGAGUUCAAGAAGGGGAACUGUGGGAAGGGCGAUGGAUGCGAGUAUGCUCAUGGUGUUUUCGAGUCGUGGCUGCAUCCCGCGCAGUAUAGGACUCGCCUUUGCAAGGACGAGACGGGCUGCUCGAGGAAGGUGUGCUUUUUCGCGCACAAACCCGAGGAGCUGCGCCCGUUGUAUGCUUCCACGGGCUCGGCCAUGCCGUCUCCAAAGACUCUUUCUGCGUUGGACAUGGCGACAUCGUUGAUGAUGACUAGUAAUACGUCGACACCACCAACGUCCCCAUCCGUUACCUGCUCGUCUCCGAUGGGGGGAAACAUGUGGCCGAACAAGAUGAGCCUUGCUACACCGCCUGCUCUGCAGCUGCCCGGGAGUAGGCUGAAGACGGCCUUGAGCGCGAGAAAUGUUGAUCUGGAUCUGAAGAUGCUCGGAUUGGACAGAAUUCGGACCCAAUACGGGCAGCAGUUGGUUGAGGAGAUGGCUAGUCUCUCGUCUCCAUACUCCCGAAUGGCUGAUCUGACGCCAACGAACCUUGACGACGUGUAUGGAUCCAUCAACCCUUCUCUGCUGUCUCAGUUGCAGGGACUGUCACCGAAGAUCAACGGCUCGCAGAUGCAAUCCCCAACUCGACAGAAUAUGAACCAGCUCCGAGCAAGCUACCCGACGAAUGUCUCGUCUUCGUCAUCAAGAAAUCCCUCAGCAUACGGUUUUGACUCCUCUGCGGCAGUAGUUGCAGCGGUCAUGAAUUCACGGUCAGCUGCCUUCGCGAAACGGAGCCAGAGCUUCAUCGACCGCAGCGGUGGCGGUGGAUAUCAUUACGGGCCGACAACCAAUUCGCCGGCUGGUGUCAUGCUGCCGAAUCACUCGGAGUGGGGUGCUCCUGAUGGGAAGCUGGAAUGGGGCUUCAAUGAUGAAGACGUGAACAGGCUUAGGAAAUCCGCGUCGUUCGGUUUUCGAUCCGACAGUACCGGUGCGAAUGUUCGUUCCAAUGCAGGGGAGCCGGAUGUGUCGUGGGUUAGCACGCUGGUGAAAGACGUCCCGGCUGGUGGGAACACGGGGAUGUACAGCCCAUCAAGGGGUCAGGGGGGCACGGGUCUGUAUAGUCCGCACCAGAGGCAGGCCGCGGGUGGGUAGACGCCAACGGCGAUUCCUCUCCGGCUCGAGCAAAUGUACAUAGAACAGGAGCAGAUAGAGGCUUGAGAUGAUCGUUAGGAAUUGAUCAUAUUCUUUCUGAUUCUUACAAUUUUAACACCAUAUCUUUAGCAAUGGUUGCUUCAAGGAUUUACUGAUGGAAAUAUCAGUACUAGAUUGGGAAAUGAGAUUAGUUAAUUUUUUUGUUAUUUGAUAUGAAUAUAUUGUUUACUUGGGAAUCGGAGUAGUUUCGUGUAAUUCUCAUAUUCAAAACGAUGAAUAAAUGUGAGGAAUGAAUUUCUAUA